AUGGAUAAUGAUGAAGCUGAGGACGAGGACGACGGCGAUGACUCAUGGCACUCUGCUGACGAGGACUUUGGUGGAGAAACAAGUGCAUAUCAUUCGGACUCACCCGCAUUGCCUCUGGUGCCGUUCACGAACCAAGUGGGGGGCCAUGCAUCAUUCUUGCGCUUUUCCAACAAAGCAAUCUGCAAACCUGUCUCUGAGAACGAGCAGGUCUUUUACGAGUAUCUUGAGGCACACCACCCAGAAGUGCUACCCUUCAUCCCUGCCUAUCUGGGCGUCCUGAACUACAUUCUCCUGGAGGAUCUGACCGACGGUCUCAAGGCGCCAUGUAUCCUUGACAUCAAAAUGGGUACCCGACAGUAUGGAAUCUGGGCUAACGAGAAGAAGAUGAGAGGUCAGAUGCGCAAGUGCCAAAAGACGACCAGUUAUGAGACUGGCAUCAGGAUCUGUGGCAUGCAGGCUUACAAUGUUAUCACGCGUCGCUUCCUGUUCCAAAAUAAGUACUAUGGCCGAAAGUUGACCAAAGAGACCCUCCCGCUCACGUUGCGCGAAUUCUUCUACAACGGACGCGAGGUGGAUCUGAGCCAUAUACCGAUAUUGCAAAGAAAGUUGAAAGACCUUGCCAAGAUCAUCAAGAGCCUCAAUGGCUAUCGCUUCUACGCUAGCAGCUUGUUGAUCUACUACGAUGGCGAUAGCGGACCUUCAAAGUCACCACUUCAGGGCGUAGCUACUGUCAUCGACUUUGCGCACUGCACAGCGGGGAUUUACAACCAGGGAAACAUGCCACCAUACCCGCCGAUGCACCCUGAUGAGCCGGACAAGGGCUAUCUUUUGGGCCUCAAGAACUUGAUGAUGAUCUUUCGCGAUAUCUGGGACCAGAAUGGCGGCGACGGGACCGUGUCCCAGGAAUGGCUGAAGGAGGAAGACGAGCUUUGGAAGGAUGUUUGGGAGUAA